ACGCAAAGGAUGGUGCCUCUCUGGUUGGGCAGAAACCAGUCACGGUAGCCGCCAAGGGCCAUUAUACCUCUGAGUGAUGUCAGUCAUAUGAUUGAAUUCCUGGAUUUGUUUUGUUGGCUAAGUGAGACUCUACUGUAUAUAUAGAACUGCAACUAACUAUCGCUAACUACCUGGCGCGAUUUGAACCAUGACAGUAAGGGUUUGCUUCUUAAACUUUUUAAAACUUUGGCACAAGGCUGUUAUCAGCGGCAGAAAUCCACUGCUUGCAACUGCAAUCAAAGUCUUUCGUAAGGAUCUGUGGUGGCCAGAGAUCUACAAAUCUUCAUUUCCAACUGACCAGUCCAGAAAAAGCUGUCUAGCCAGUAUAAUUGGUUCUUAUGACAGCUCCGGAAAUGACUGAGUAUCUCUUGCAAAAGCCUUCUCAACUUGAGCCCCUUUUGCAACCGAAUGGACCAAUCUAUGGAUGUGUCUAGACCAGGCAUGGGCCAACUUCGGCUCUCCAGGUGCUUUGGAUUUCAACUCCCACAACAUUGUUCAAGAGGCGGCAACAAAGUACAUCCCAAAGAAAAAGAAAACCAAGAAGGCAAGAUGGUUGUCUGUUGAGACACUGGAAGUAGCCCAGGAAAGAAGGAAAGCGAAAAGAAACAUUGAUAGGGAGAGAUAUGCACAAUUCCAGAGGUUAGCCAGAAGAGAUAAGGAACUAUUUUUAAACAAGCAAUGCAUGGAAGUGGAAGAAGACAAUAGGAUAGGAAGGACAAGAGACCUCUUCCAGAAGAUCAGAAACAUCGGAGAUAAAUUUCAAGCAAAAAUGAGUAUGAUCAAAAAUAAAGAUGGCAAGGAUCUAACAGGAGCUGAAAAUGGUGAGACUGUACAUAAAAUUUGUAUAGGAAAGAUAAUAAUAUCAAGAAUAGCUCUGACGGUGUGGUGAGUGAAUUACGUAGAACCAGACAUCCUGAGGAGUGAGGUUGAAUGGGCCUUAAGAAGAAUUGCUAAUAACAAGGCAGUAGGAGACGACGGGUUCCCAGCUGCACUGUUUAAAAUCUUGAAAGAUGAAGCUGUCAAGGUGAUGCUUGCCAUAGGCCAGCAAAUAUGGAAAAAACAAGAAUAGCCAUCACAUUGGAAAAAAGCAAUUUAUAUCCUCAUACUAAAAAAGAGAAAUGCUAAAGAAUGCUCAAACUUUUGUAUUUCCCAUGCCAGUAAGGUAAUGUUCAAGAUCCUAUAAGGUAGACUCCAACAAGACAGGGAGUGAGAGUUGCCAGAUGUCCAAGCUAGGUUUGGAAAAGGCAGAGGAACGAGAGACCAAAUUGCCAAUAUCUGCUGGAUAAUGUAGGAAGCCAAAUACCCUGAGAUCAAGAAGCUGAUGGGCCCCGAUCCACGCCUGAAGUGGGUGGUGACCCUGAUGGUGGUGACCCAGAUGGUGGCCUCCUACCUGGUGAAGGACCUGCCAUGGAAGUGGGUCUUCUUCUGGGCAUAUGCAUUCGGGGGAUGCAUCAACCACUCCAUGACCUUGGCCAUACACGACAUCUCCCACAACGUGGCGUUUGGCCACCGCACGACCCGCUGGAACCGCCUAUUUGGCAUGUUCGCCAAUCUGCCCGUGGGCGUGCCUUACGCUACCUCCUUCAAGAAGUACCAUGUCGACCACCACCGCUUCCUAGCUGGGGACGGGCUGGAUGUGGAUGUGCCUACUGCCUUUGAGGGGCACUUCUUCUGCUCACCCGGCCGCAAGCUGCUGUGGCUGGUUCUGCAGCCUGUCUUCUACGUUCUGCGGCCGCUCUGCGUCAACCCCAAGCCUUUCUCCGCCAUGGAGGUCCUCAACAUCGGAGUCCAGCUGGCCUACGACCUCUUGGUCUACUGGCUCUGCGGGGCCAAGGCCGUGAUCUACAUGGUGGCUGGCUCUGUCCUGGCCAUGGGGCUACAUCCGCUCUCGGGGCAUUUCAUCGCCGAGCACUACAUGUACGCCCAGGGCUACGACACCGCCUCUUACUAUGGGCCGUUGAACUGGAUCACCUUCAACGUGGGCUACCACAUGGAGCACCAUGACUUCCCCAGCAUUCCCGGGAGCAGGUUGCCACAGGUGAAGAAAAUCGCCCCCGAAUAUUACGAGAACCUCCCCUUCCACAAUUCAUGGGUCCGGGUUCUAUGGGACUUUGUCUUCAAGGAGGCUUUGGGCCCUUUUGCCCGGGUGAAGCGGAAGUACAAAGCCUUAUGAGGCCAGCAGACGGCGAUGAAGGAUGGAAACAUCGCCAAUUGCAGUUUUAUUUCAAUGGACUUCAACAGAAAGGAUAAGCCAAAGAGAUGGAAGGUUGUUUUUACAAAUGGUUGAUCUGAUGUAAAUAUGUAUUCUUCGUUUCUUAUAGGGGCAUCUACAUGGGAGAGUUAACACAGUUUGGGAUGUAGGUCUUGGGGACUAAUCAUAAUGAUAAUAGUAAUAAUAAUUUUACUUCCUUGCAUUGAGGAUGCCUCUUUGGAGUCUUGGGGACUUAUAAUCUAUACACAUAAUAAAAGUGGAAAUGUG